CACCUGCUUCACCUUUCAGCGGCUCUGGGACUCUAUGCCAACGGUGACAUAAACACAGAGUCCUGGGGGCUGUUGUCGGACACCUCCGCCUGUCUUCCGCCUCCCACGGUACCGUACGCUGUCAUGGAACCCGUUUACCGGGGUCUGGGUCGGUGCGCGUGCUGUUUCUGGCUCGCGGUCGCCUUUGACAUCGUGGGUCUGCUCGUGCUCCUCCUCGGGGUUUUCGUGAACGUGUUCUUCUAUGACCUGCUCAUCUACGCAGGCGCCAUCGUCAUCUUCCUCAGCCUGGUCUGGUGGGUGUUCUGGUACUCCGGGAACGUGGAGGUCCCCCCUGCGGAGCUGGAGGAUGAUGUGGGCUUACUGAAGAGGCACAAGAGGGGGGCCCUGGGGGGGCUGGGCGGGGCGGUCCGCCGUCUGUCCAGCCGCGUGUCCAGCGGGAUCCGGACUUCACUGAGACGGAACGGAGCGCCCGCCGGCACCGGCCGAGGGUCCCGGGCGCACGGGGCGCCUUCCGGGUCCGCGGGGACCCCGGUGCAGCGUGUGUCCGUUGUCAUGACAACCGUGAGCCCAGUAGCGGACUGUGAGGUGGAGAUGCCGAGCACCUCAACACAGACCACGGCCACAUGACAUGGACACGGAGCCCCUGAGCCCGGACAGAGCCUUGAUCAUGUCAUUGUUGCACUGAGGAGAGCCCGCCCUGUGGCGUCAUCACUGGAGUGUUGGUGUUUGUGUGUUUAAUAACCAAUGAUUCAGAACUGAUCACAUCUCAAAAGACACGUUUGCAGUGAAUUUAGUCAGACUGUAUAUUUUUAUAAUAAAUGUUCUGUAUCAAAUCAACAUUUCGGACCUCGAACAGCAGUCAUUAAUUUGUUUUGAUAUUUUUAUGGACCAGCAGCAAUUCAGAAUGUGGAGACAGCUGCACAGAUGAGUGCACUUUCACAGGAUUCUUCAUAUGUGUAUUCAGGCUUUUCACUACCUUUAUGAUACAGCAAAUGUGUUUGAAGAACAGGAAGGAACGAUAAAGUAGGAAAGAGUGUUCGAGUAGAGUAGUAAUGUUUUCAGAGGGCUCAGGUACUGUUGGAUUUGGAUUCCAUUUGCAAGAAAAUGUUUACCUUUUUUAAUAAAAUAAAAAAAUCCUUUCACAUGGUUUGGAUCAUUGUUAUUGCCAUAUCUGCAUACAGGGAAGCUAGAACAAAUAAUAAAUCAGCCAUAUCCUAAAGACUCAUGAGGAAACCUUGAAGAACUCUACCAUGGACCAACCUGUAUGUGGG